AUGUUGUUCACAUUAUUUAAGAAACAACAGCAACAAAUCCCAUUUUGGCGUUACAACUUCCCCUUAAAAGUCCAUCUGCUACGAUCGUCACAGUCGUCACCUCUAAAACAACAUUACAGAUCAUUAGCAUCAGUAGUUUCUGAUAAUAGUAAUAAUAAUAAUAAUAAUAAUGAUCAUCAUAUUCCACCUCAUACAUACAAACAUACAAUCACAACAUUCGAUAAAUAUUGGCCAGAAAAUAUCAUAAAUUCAAACUCAAAACGAAUACAACCGACACCAUACGAAAUAUUCAACAUUUCAAACUCACAACAACAUAUCAACAAGAAAUCAUUAAAGAAAAAAUACCAUUAUUAUGUAAAAUUAUACCAUCCGGAUGUGAGCACCAAAGUCAAUGUCUUAACAAAGCGGAAGGGGAAGGGAAAUAGUACAGUGAUCGAUAUGGAGGAGAAAUUGAAACGGUUCAAAUUGAUUUCAUUUGCUUAUUCAGUAUUGAAUGAUCCUAACAAAAAAAGGCAAUAUGAUUUGAAAACUAUGAUGAAUGACAAGGGUUCCAAUAUGGAUUCCAAGGGAUAUAAUAAUGAUGAGAAUUAUAGAUAUUGGAAUGCAGGCACUUGGGAAGAUUACAAUGAUAUCAAGAUGGAUGAUGGUAAUGAUAUGACGGGUGGGAAGAAGUUAGAUCCAUGGGUUUUGUUUUGCUGGGUUUCAGGAUUAUAUAUUUCUAUGGAAAUUUACGCUGCAUUGAGUAGAUUACAAGAAUCUUAUCUAAAUAAAGAUAAGCCAAUCAUUUUGCCUCAUGAUGAGCUACAAACAGAACUAUUUAAAUCUUAUAAUAAUUUCGGAUUGGAAACUGAUAAAUGGUCAAGGCUUAGACGGUUCUUAUGGUUUAGAAGUUGGACUAUGGCAAAUGAGGAACAAUUGGAUAAUGAACAUGUGAUUAAUGAAAAAUUAUUACAAACUUUACAGGAUAAAAAGAUAUAA